UGAUCAAAAUUUUUCCUAUCAAUUUUUACAUGUGCGUUUUGUUUAUACUUGACAAUAAUAAUUAUUUUGAUAAAUUGACAUUUAAGUUUAUUCAAGCACGUCAGUGAUCAGAUUUAUCGAUAGAAUUGUCUUCCGUCUUUAAUGGUGAACUAUGACUGAAUUUUGAUGUUUUAUUCUCUAGUCAUUUGCAUCUUUACUUUUCCAAAUAAUCAUGUUUACAAAUCAUAUUAAACUUGCUUUGGUACUUCCAUCUCGAUCACUUGUGAAUCAUCUUCAUCAACAGGCUACUGGACAAUCUACUACAACUAAACAUACAUUUCCUAGCAGCCAUGUUUAUCAAAGAAUAUAUAAUUGGACUCAUCUAGAUCAGUUUGCUGACCAUUUGUUGAGUAAAAUUUUAUUAAAUGAUCCUGAAACUGUUUGCUUAGCCAAGCCAUUUGGUGUUGGUAUUUACAAUGCUUAUGAUAAAUCGAAUCAUCCUGAGAAAAUUGAACCUAAAAAAUUCGGUGAUCCAAGAUACUGUGUUAAUGAUGUUAUAGAUAUAUUAGCGAAUAAAUUGAAUGUUGGACGUUUAUCAUUUGCUGAAACUCAAGAUCGAAUAUUUAGUGGUAUCAUGGUUCUGUCAAAAUCACCCAAAGGAGUUGAACGGAUCAAGCGUUCCAUCAAGGUGUCAAGAGCGUUGCAUUUGUCACCUUACACUUAUCAUUGUUUAACUUAUGGAGCUCCAAUGAUGAAAGAACCGAUUGUCGAAGAAAUAGUUGCGAUCGAACAGAUAAUUGUUAACGAAAAGACUGGUGAAAAAGAUACAGAAAUUAUUUAUAAUCCGUCCAAAUCAAUAUUGUACAAAAAUAAAGACGUUAGAAAAGUUAAAGCCGAACUUAAAGUAUUGGAUUAUAAUUCUAGUCUAAAUGUUGCCUUGGUGGAAUUAAGCUGUAGUCGAACUAAUUACCAUUUCGUGAGAUGCUAUUUAGCAAGUAAAGCCUGUUUUAUACUUGGUGAUCCUAGGUUUUCAAGGAGAGUCGGACAUGUUCUAGGAGUUCCAUAUUCGUUGAAUGCUUCAAACAAACGGCCCAGAGAGGAACCACUACCUGCCUCAGUCCGAAAGAUCUUAGAUGUUCCUAAUAACAAAUCAAUACCUUUGAUGUUACAUCAAGUGAAACUUUGUUUGUCAAAAUACGCAAAAAAUACCGACCUGUUAGUUGAGGAUUACAAUUAUCCAGAAUUUUUUUCUUGGACAGUUAGAAAAUUAUUUGGAACAAAUACAAAUUAUAAAUAAGUAAUGAAACAUUUUACUUUAAUCACUUUUUCAAAUGUUCAAGUGUUAUAACUUUUCAAGUAAAAGCUGUAAAUUUUGACUAUAGAGAUACGAUGAAAAUGAUCCCGAUUACAUGCAAUCAGAACAUUUAAUUUCAACAUUUCAAAGAAGUGUUGUCAAGGAAAGAGGAAUAUUAUGAGUACAGUUUCAACAGUUUCAAGUAGCGACUUUCUGCACUUGCAAGUAAUGGCGCUGGACAAUCAAAAACAAACUCAAAUCGGGAAUAACCAAUAAAAUAGUCGUCCCAAAAUACGUAACCGUUUCUUUCAGUCAAUAAAUCACCAUUUAUCUUCAUCAA